AUGCUGAAUGCUCACGAUCCAGCAAGCCGCCUGACAGGUCGAAUUCGCCCAGCGAAUGAGGAGUUCGAGCUCGAUGGCUUUGGCAAUGCGACACAUCAGGCCACUGUUGCGCGGCCGUCAACCCCGACCCUCGGAAGCACUCCGCGCGAGCAUAGAAGCAAUACUCGAUCUGCUUCCCGAAAAUGGUUAACCCUUCCAUCUUACGACCGCCAUGUUCCCACGAAAGCAGCGCGCGAUCAUCUGGCGAACGAGCGUGUCUUCCUUGGCUAUAUCAGAACUGCUUCUGCACUUGCCAAUUUUGCAAUCACAGCCCUUCAGCUUUACAGGUUACAGCAUCAUCCUGUCCCGCAGGGCAAGCUGAGUGACUAUGAUUUGGGCAUUCCCGUUGCUUCGGCCACGCUCAUAAUCGCCGUUGCUGUCGCUAUUGCUGGAGUGUGGAGAUUCUUUUCCUGCCAAAAUGCCAUGGCGUUGAGGAAGCAAAUUGUUACCAGUGGGAUUGUGGUCCUCGUCUUUAUCCCGGCCUUCAUAUUGCUGCUUCUCGCGCUCCUCAUCUUCACCAUUAUUGUCGACCCUAAUUUGUGA